CGCAUCGGCGUGCUCUUCAGCGGCGGGCCCGCGCCGGGCGGGCACAACGCGGUCGCGGGCGCGCUCGACUGCCUCGCGCGGCUUCGCGCCGCGCGCGGCGGCGCGGGCGGCCCCCGAAGAAAAAGCCGGAAGCGAUGGACGCCGAUCACGCCGUCGCUCAUGUCCAAGCACGUGAACAUGGGCGGGUUCGACCUCCUCGGGAGCGGGCGAAUGAAGCUCUCGAGCGAAGCGCAUUUCGCGGCGGCGGCGGCGACGGUGACCGACCUCGCGUUGGACGGCCUCCUCGUCAUCGGCGGCGACGACUCGUGCACGAACGCGGCGUACCUCGCGGAGGCGUUCGCGGAGAACGACGUCGAGUGCGCGGUCGUCGGCGUCCCGAAGACGAUCGACGACGACAUGCGCGGCGGCGGCGUCGAGGCGUGCUUCGGCUUCGACAGCGCCUCCAAAGUGUUCUCGGAGAUCAUCGGCAACGUGUGUUCGGACGCGCGAAGCGCGCGGAAGUACUGGCACUUCGUCCGCGUCAUGGGACGAAGCGCGAGCCACCUCACGCUGGAGUGCGCGCUGCAGUGCCAGCCGAACCUCUCGUUCAUCGGCGAGGAGAUCGAGGCGAACGGUCGGAGCCUUUCGGACGUCGCGGAUGAAAUCGCAGACGUCGUCGCCGCGCGCGCCGCCUCCGGCUUACACCACGGCGUCGUCCUUCUCCCCGAGGGCCUCCUCUCGUUCUGCCCGGAGACGAGCGCGCUGAUGCGAGAGCUCGAGGACCUCAUGUCCGAGGUCGGGUCGCCGCCGCGACCGCCGGAGCACUCCACGGAGAGCGAGGCGAUCGUCUGGGCCGAGCGUCGCCGCGCCGCGCCGGAUCAGCUCGAGAACUCCGACGUCCGCGCGCGGCUGUCGCGCGCGUCGAGAGAAGCCGCGGCGCAGAUCCCGGACGCGAUCCUCUCGCAGCUGCUCCUCGCGAGGGAUUCGCACGGCAACCCGUCGCUCAGCGCGAUCGAGACGGAGUCGCUCGUCGCCGAGCUCGUGCGCGCCAAGCUCGCCGCGCGGCACCCGGCGGCGCUCGCGCGUUUCGAAUCCCGGACGCACUUUUGCGGGUACGAGGGACGCGCGGGGCUGCCCACGGACUUCGACGCGACGUACGCGUACGCGCUCGGAUACGCCGCGGCGACGCUCGCCGUCGGCGGCGCGCGCGGCGUCGUCGCCGCGGUGACCAACCCUUGGGACGACCCGAAACGCUGGGAUCUCUGGGGCGUGCCGCUCGCUCGGUUGAUGGCGCCGGAGCGACGCUUCGGAUGCGACCGGCUCGUGAUUCGCAAGCGCGUCGUGGACGUCGACGGCGACGCGUUCCGGGCGUUCGCGCGACGACGCGAGCGGUGGAAGCUCUCGGACUGCUACGUCGUCCCGGGACCCGCGCAGCUGAGCGGG